AGGAGGCGAGGGGGGAAUAAGGGAUACGGCCCCUUUAAGAGCGGGGGUGGGGGGGGGUUAAACGAUGCGGCCCCUUUAAGAGUGGGCCCCCCUCCCCCCUUUAAAAGGGCACACUGGAAACGGGGACCCUUUCGCUGAGCGUUGCCCCUUUAAGAGAGCGUUGCCCCUUUAAGACGACAUUCAACCCUUAAAGAAGAAAUGUGGUUCCUUUGAAUUGUGGGGACCACUUCUGGGCGGCGUUGCCCCUUUAAGAGGGAUGUUGCCCCUUUAAGGAGGGGGGGGGUACCUCGAGAAGGAGACGGCAGGUUCUUAAAGGGGCAAUGCUUCUUAAAGCGGCAACUGGGGUGGCCCACUACGAUCUAUGGAUCUAACUGCGUGUUCCAAUGGGGGUCCCGCUCCGUCUCCACACGUACCGGAACCGGAUGUUGUUGUGGGACCCGGAAGCGGUUCGGAUCGUUCGGGAGCGGUACCGGAUGUGGGGGGUGCUCGUUGGCGCCCCCUGGCGGCGAGGAGGGGGACGGCGACUUCCGCUCCAGCUGCUACCGGAAGAAGGGAGGCUGCUACAGGAAAUGGGGGCGGCCAUGUUGGAUCCGGAACCGGAAAUGGGGAGACCGGAAAGAAGGCCGAGACAGGAAGUGAGAGGGGGAAGGGAGAGACCGGAAGUAGGGCUGGAAAGGCCGAGACCGGAAGUGGGGUUGAAAAUGCCGGAAACGGAAGUGGGGAUGAAAAGGCCGAGACCGGAAGUGGGGGUGAAUAGACCGGAAACGGAAGUGAGGGUGAAAAGGCCGAGACCGGAAGUAGGGGUGGAAAGCUGCGGGGAGGAAGUGGGAGAAAAAAGACCGGAAAUAGAUGGGCCGGAAGUGGGAAGGGAGGGACCGAAAGCGGAGAAACCGGAAGCUGAAAUGAAAGGACCGGAAACGGAAGUACAGGAGGUCGGAACCGAUGGACCGGAAGUGGGAACAGAUGGGCCGGAAGUGGAUGUGGAGGGGCCGGAAAUGGAUGCAGAGAGACCGGAAGCGGAUGUAGAAAGACCGGAAGCGGAAGGUCACGUGGAGCGCCGCUUCCGGGUUUACCGGGACCUUUGGGGGCGGGGCUUCCACCUGACGGCGGGAGGGAAGUUCGGAGGAGACUUCCUGGUGUAUCCCGGCCCCCCUCCCCUGUUCCACGCCGGGGCGGUGGCGCACUGUCCGUGCAGUUCCGCUCCGUUACCGCUGGGGGCGCUGCUGAGCGCGGCCCGACUCGGAACCGCAGCCCGGAAGUCGCUGCUGCUCUGCGCCGCGCCGCCAGGGGGCGCCACUGAGUACAGCCAGCUCAGGUGGAGGCGGGACUUAGCGUGACCACGCCCACUUGGGGGCGGGGCUUUGUAUUGACCACGCCCCCUAUUAUAUACAAUGGGAUGUGCUUUGCAUAGCCACGCCCACUUGGGGGCGGAGCUUCGUGAGACCACGCCCCCAUCUCUUAUAUACAGAGGGUUGUACUUUGCAUAACCACGCCCACUGGGGGCGGGGCUUCGGUUUGACCACGCCCCCUUCUAUUACAUACAGAGUUGUGUACUUUGUAUAACCACGCCCACUAGUGGGCGGGGCUUCGUUUUGACCACGCCCCUUUCCCCUAUUAUACAUUGAGAGUAGUUUGAGCUAAGCCACGCCCACUUGGGGGCGGGGCUUAGUGAGACCACGCCCCCUUAUUAUAUACAUGCUAUGUGAAUUAGCAUAACCACGCCCACCUCUGAGUUGACCACGCCCCCACCAUUGCUAUGUAUAUAAAGGGGCGUGGCUUUGUUAACAUGGGGGCGUGGCUUGUGUUUGGUCACGCCCCCCUGAGUGUGUCACUGUUGGUUUUGGGGUGAAAUGAGGCAGUUUUGGGAAUAAAGAAUUGCUGUUUUUUAA